AUGGGCAAUUUCUCCUUCUCGCACUGCGACCGUGGCAAGUGCUGCUCUAAGAAGUCGAGCCUCAACAGGUAUCACAAGAUCCAUGCGGGCAAGAAGCCCUUCCAUUGCACUUGCACCUUACUCCCGCUACUCCGCGGCAAGGAGAGACCCGCAAAACUAGCCCUCAAGACACGGGAACGUGGGCACAAGCCCGCUAGUGCGCAAGCGGAGGGCUCGUGCCGGGUGCCGGUGGGCCGCGGCGCGCACAGAGCCUUCGCGAAGCUGGGUUGCUCUGGCACUGCCUCUCUGCCCGCCGCCGUGCUGCUGGGACCCGCGGCGGGGGCGGGGUCACUGACGUUGGACGAUGUGACCGUGAGGUUCACCUGGGAGGAGUGGCAGCUCCUGGCCCCUGCUCAGAAAGCCCUGUACCGGGAGGUGAUGCUGGAGACCCACAGUCACCUGGUGUCCAUCGACGGUGAGCAGUUUCAUACUGGAAUCAAAUUCCCCAAGAGCCAAAGAUGCAGGCCCACCAAGUCCCCAGCUGUUAAGCAUCAAGAAUGUGACAAGAGGAAGAAGCCCCAUGCGUGCGGCGAGUGUGGGAAAGCCUUCCACAGGAAGUGCUCCCUCGCUGACCAUCAGUUCCUCCACGUGGGACAGAAGCCAUAUAAAUGCGGGGAGUGUGGCAAAGCCUUUCUCCAGUUAAAACAGCUCAGUGUCCACCAGAAGAGGCAUUUGGCAGAGAAACCGCACACGUGCGGGGAGUGUGGGAAGGGCUUUAUUAAGAGAACAGAGCUCACCAUUCACCAGCGGGUUCACACUGGAGAGAAACCCUACGUGUGCGAGGAGUGUGGGAAAGGAUUCAUUAACAAGACCGCUCUCACGAUGCACCAGCAAAUUCACUCCGGGGAGAAGCCCUGUAUAUGCAGCUCCUGUGGCAAAGGCUUCAACCGCAAGGGCAGCCUCGUGGUCCAUCAGCGAAUCCACACGGGCGAGAAACCCUACGUCUGUGGCGAGUGCGGCAAAGGCUUCACCUACAAGCGCGGUCUCGUUAUCCACCGGUGGACGCACACUGGCGAGAAGCCCUACUUGUGCAGUGAGUGCGGCAAAGGUUUGAAGCAUAAGAAGAGUCUCACCAUCCACCAGAGAACCCACACGGGAGAGAAGCCAUACGUGUGUGAGGAGUGCGGCCGGGGCUUCCACCAGAAGGCGGGGCUCACCAUCCACCUGCGAACGCACACGGGAGAGAAGCCGUACGUCUGUGAGGAGUGUGGCAAGGGCUUCAGCCAGAAGUUGUGCCUGAUCGCACACCAGAGGUUCCACACGGGCAAGUUCCCCUUCUCCUGCAGCGAGUGCAGCAAGUGCUUCUCCCAGAAGUCGAGCCUUAACUCCCAUCGCAAGAUCCACACGGGCGAGAGGCCCUUCCGUUGCAGCGAGUGCCAGAAAGCCUUCCGGUCCAAGCAAGAAUUCACGGCCCAUCAGAGAUCACACACGGGAGAAAAGCCCUACGGCUGCCAGGAGUGCGGGAAGGCUUUCUCUUACGCCUCCAGCGUUUACUUGCACAGGAGAAAACACAAAAAGGAGAAGCUUUUGGAUGGGCUCAGUGUUGGAGACCCUGUCCCAGAGAGUCAUAGCCCAUCCCUUAACAGUGAACUUCAGGGAAAGAGCCCUGUGAGUGAAGGGAAGCUUCCUGGGGCAACUCAGACAUCAGGAAACAAUGAUGGACUCCUAGCUAAGAAGGACAUGGGUCUUGUUGGACAGCCUGAUCUCAGAGGUGGACCACUGGGAGAUAACAGAGAAUUGGCCCAGCAGAGAAAUCCUGUGGAUACAGUGAACGGGCUUAUAUCCCUCAAUGUCGUCCCUGUCAUGGUCCCUUCAGUGUCCAGUGAUAUAUUAUUUUAUGUCCUACAGAAUCCAUAG